AUGUCCUCCAUUGCUCACAUGCUGGCACACAACGCCGACCACGCUGCUUCUUCCAACAACAACAACAACAACUCCUCUAUUACUGCUACCAACAACUCUGAGGAGAACAACACCCACCCACUAACAGCUGAAAUCCCAAGUGAAUCUACCUUGGAAACAUCCUCUUCCCAAAGCCCUUCUAUCACCAUUGACAAAUCAGAUUCACAAUCAACCAUUAAAGCAGGCAACCAUAGCAUGACACCGAGAAACAGUGCUUUUGAAGAUAUGACCUUGAGUAAAGAUGAUGAAAUACGGCCAUCAACAAACAAAAACUCGUCAACUUCAUCUACUCAUCCUAUAACACCAGCUAUAAGAACCUCUGUUGAUUUGUCUGCAGAAUCUAAUGAAAUAACAGAUCCUUCAGACCCACAAAUUAAACAUCAAAGAAAAAGAUCAAAAGUUUCAAGAGCUUGUGACGAAUGUCGAAGAAAAAAGAUUAGAUGUGAUGCCACUUUUAGCACUACCUCAAACUCAGUCAUUAAACCUUGCACAAGUUGUAUAAAAAACAAAGAAAAUUGUUCAUUCGAAAGAGUUCCCUUGAAAAGAGGACCAACAAAGGGGUAUACUAAAGAUGGCGCAUCUGAGCCGAGAGAUCGAUCAAAAUCAGCAACUAGAUCAAGAAGAUCAAGUAGCAUGGGCAACCAAACAUUAGCAUCACAUUCUCACCAUUUGCAACAGCAACAACAACAAGUGUCCCCUUCUUCUUCCAUAACCUUACCACCAUUGGUUUCUUUGACAAAUUCGGUCUCUUUCAGAAAUUAUUCAGCAUCUUCUACUGGCGGUGCUAGCCCAAAUACAGACUCUAAAGAAUCAAAUAAUCUCUCCCAACCAGCUUCCCCAAGAAGAAAUAGUGGGUUCGGUUCCAUUGGUGAGAGAAACCUACAAGCUAACAACUCCUCUGGAUCGACACAAUCAUCAUCUUCAAUCAAUAGUGCACCACAACCACAAGUUAACCCAAAUGGAACAAUUCCUCAAGGUUUAUUUUGGAAGGUCCCAUAUAGUCAAGGUCCAUUUGAUAGAAGAGGUUCAGUCGAUUCAGUAUCUUCCUCUUUAAGUGAAAGAUCUCCAAGGUUCUCAAGCACUUCCAGUACUGCUACUGGUGGUAACUUCAUUUUCGGACAAAGACCUGUUAGUUAUGAAUCAUCAGUUGUUUCAGAUUCAGAUGAUGAAAGAGGAUCCAACUAUUCUCCUAGAGCUUCAAUUGAUAUCAGAGCAAAUAGAAGUCGCUCUAACUCGGCAAAUUUACAAGUUCCAACAAGUCCUGCUUUAUCAAUUUCCUCUCUGAACAGUCUCAACCAAGGAUUCAACAAAAACUUAAAUAUUCAAAACUCCAAUAAUAACGGUGUGUUGGCUCAACAACAGCAACAACAACAGAAUCAAAUUAUUGAAUUAUAUUACCAGUUUAUCCAUCCAAGCUUCCCAAUUUUACCAUUGAACAAACAAUCUUUGGGAAAUCUUUUAUCAAUACCUCCUCCAAAUGCUUCUGAUCAUCAACUCAUUAAUGAAAUCCAUGAAAUCAACACACUGAUUGUUCAAUCAUUCUAUGCUUCUUUAGACAUAUUGAUUACAACAACUACAAGAGGUUCAAGAAGUCCAUCAAUUGUGUCAUUACCAAAUUCAAAUAUUAAUUCAAAUCCAGUGGAGCUUAUUAACCAGAUCUUUAACAACUUGAUGAAAAUCUUUCCAAUUUUCCAAACUAGAUUCAACUUGUAUUCUCAAAAUAUUGUUAUCUUAUUGGCUUCAACUUUAGUUUUAUCAAGCUAUGCUAUAACAUUACUAGGUUUUGAAUCGGAUGUUUAUGUUAGUUCGAGUAUAUCAAUUUUCAACAAGUUGAAAAUUUUCAGAUUGUUUUGGGACCCUUCGCAUUUGGUUACUAGUGAGAACUAUGAUGAUUAUAAUUCAAUCUUGAAAAGACUAUACAUUGAUCUUUAUAUCAUUGAUACUUUGCAAUCUUUAUCGUUUGGUACGCCAAAAUCCUUGAACCUAGAUUACGAGCCUUCAAUAGUUGACUCAUUGUUUCCAAAUUUUGCUAAUUUCAAUGGUGCUUCAGGUGUUGAUUUUGAUUUGACUAAAAAUAAUUUGAAAUUUGGAAUCAUCUUAUCUAAAAUAGGUUCAUCAAGAAAUUUUGCAAAUCCUAGAUUGAAUACUUUCCUAACUAAUGACUUGAAAAACAAAUAUAACUUCUUCAGCAAUACUCUUGUGAAAAAUUCCAAAAGUCAAGACCAAAUUUCCAUAAACUUUUUAGAAUCAUUACUUUCAAAAUUUGAACUUGUUGGAUUUUUAGAAGAGGUGAGUCAAAUUAUUCAAAAUGAUAAUAAGAUUGAUGAAGAAUUAGUUUACGACUUCCAAUUGAAGUCAUUGAGAAUUGUCAAAAAACAUCUUGAAGUACAAUCAACGCUUUUGAAAUCAAUAAAAAAUUACACCAACUCAAUCGAAACAAGUUCAAUUAUUUCACCCUUUCUACCUCUAGUUUUCAAACAAUCUGUCAAGGCAUUGAAUAUUCAAAAGAUUAUAAUCAAUUCACUGCAAAUUAAUAAAGACCUGAUUACAAGAUUAUCAAAACCUUUGAAUGAUUUGAUUAGUUUAAACAACUAUUUAAGUUUGUUGAAGCCUUUCAAGAAUGAUGAUUUCAAUAAUCACUUGAAAUUCUUGUUUGUUUCUGACCAUUUGAAAUAUUUGGAUUUCAAUAGUAAUGAACAAUCAAAAGAGUUUGAAAAGCUGAAUCACUGGAUUGGGUUAAUGAAAGAUUUGAAAGAGUUUAUCCAAAGGGAUGAUUAUGAUGGAUGGUUUUGA